GCUACUAUUCUUCCCGCGUUCCACCGUGGCUGUGUGCGUGUGUGUGUGUGUCGACCUGGCAAGGUUUUCUUUUGUUUUGUUUUUUAUUUCAGAUUUUCUUUCUUCGUUGCCAACGCGAGAAGUUCAGGCCGCCAGUCGACCACCAUCGGCCGACAAAGUUGUCACAUCCCAAGUCGGUUCACUUGCAGCACCUCUGGCUACCUGGCUAUACAUAACCAGCAGGGACAUAGUAUUCUAAUAAUCCAGUUCGUUCGGGCUUAGGAAAUUGGCCAAAGUGCGCGCGCUUUUUUCUGCAUUGUUUUCAUUGAAAUUAUUAUUAUUAUUAUUAUUAAAUGUUUUAACUUCACGGACGGACAGCGCAUCAAACGGGAAGACGACGCCAAGGACUUUUUCGUUUUCGUGUUUUUUCUUCGAAAAAAUUUCAAGGUGUUUGUAAGGGAUCCGUGACAACUGGCCACUUCAAGUCGUGUGAUCUGAGGCUUUUGGCAGCAUCGCCACACCAAAGGAGCUCGUUGGCAUUCAGCGAGCGUUCACACACACACACACACACAAAAAAAAGCCGGACCGAGAAAAAGAACAAAAAUCUAUUCGGCGCCAAUGCUCUAGGUAGUGGCCCACCCCCCGUUCUCUCAGUUUCAAUCAACUGAUACACCUGAACACUACCGGUCUUGACUCGACGGCAUAUGUGAUUUAUUUAUUUUAUUUUAUUUUUUUUCGUGGAGGGGUUGCUGAGACGUUCGAAUUCAUUUUCUUCUUCUUCGUUCAUUCGUUCAUUCGUCAUCGGUGCUGCGUUUGGUUGGCAAGACAAAUCGAGUCUAUUAUCCGUUAGAUAGACGUUGGAUAUGUUGAAUUCGUUGAAGCAAGGAAAAUUCAAUUGACUAAGGCAGUGAAAGAAGUCAAAAGGGGAAAGAAGCCGUGAAAGUUCGCGUUUACAAGAACACCCACGAUUUGCGCACGAAUGACGUCGUGAUGGCGGUGUCGGAAGAGGAAGAAGAGACAGCCGCUACCGUUUGUAGUAACCUAACGACAGUUUCCUACAACUCCCGUCCACCUACGGCUCGUGAAUUCGCUUCGAAUAGGUGAAUCGCCAAAAAUAAGGAGACAAAAAGAAAAAGGGGGACAACAACCUUUGAUUGUCAUUGACAUACGUCAUCAAGAAAGAAAGAAAAAAGAAACUUGCCGCUUGAACCGAUCGCCAUACUUAAUUUUUUUUUUAGAUUUUCCUAGCAAACUUUUUUUUUUUUGUUUUUCGUUGGGACCGCCCUUGUUUGUUCUGUGUUCUACGGUGAUUGAUUUCGGUGUGCACACGCAAAAACCCAAAACAAAAGGAGAAAAACAAAGUUUCGAAUUGAACGGUGGGCCGGUACAUCUAAAAAAAAAAAAAGAGAGAAAACCGGAAAUAAGAUCUUUCUACGCCCCUCGUGCAAAACUCACAAAAAAAAAAAAAAAAAAAAAAGAAAAUCAAAGUUGUGUGUGUGUGUGUGCAUUUGGUUGCUGCGCGUGUAUCGUUGUUCGACACGGAGAUCGGUACGGAACGAUGCCCACUUCUGUGGGCGGCGGUCAUGGAUUGGUUAUAUCGCGCCGGGUGCUACUGAUUGUCGGACUGACCAUUUCCAUCAUCCUGGUCGUCUGCGCUUUCACCCUCCUCCUUGUUCUCCAAGAUGGACCGUGCGGGAGUGGCAGUUUUCAAUGCGGUAACUCUUCCGUUUGCAUACCUCAGCAGAGCUAUUGCGAUAACGAUCCCGACUGUCCCAACGGCGAGGACGAGGAAUAUGAAAAAUGCGUGGACUUUCAUGGAAGUACAUUUCUGGCCCCCGACUGGUACAACGUUUUGAAUAAGACUCAGCAACAAGCCGGUCUUCCUGACGUUUUAGCCGGCCAACAAGAGACAAAUACGACCUGUCUAUUGAGAAAUUUUCCUGGCAAAUGCGUCUGCGAGCAAACAAAUCUGUUCUGUAAGCACAUGGGGCUCGCCCAUAUUCCGGAGCAGAUCACUCCACCCAACACACUCAGUCGUCUGAUUUUAGCCAACAACAGCAUCAAAGCUAUUCCUCGCUUCGCUUUCAGUCGCUACACCGUCCUGGAAAUCAUACAUCUGGAACAGAAUAGCAUCAGGACAAUUGCCAACGACGUUUUCCGCCAUCAGAAACUCUUGCGUUUCUUGUAUUUGUCUAAGAAUUCCAUCAGCUGGAUCGAACCAAAUGCCUUCAAAGGACUGGGCAAUGUGAAGCGAUUGUUUCUCGACAACAACGAAAUCAACGACACCUCCUUAGAUGCCCUCAACAGUCUACCGAAUCUUCAAUGGCUGGACUUGUCCAGCAAUUACUUGCGACUCGGCAAUCAUAGCUUUUCGUCGUGGAUACACCUGAGGGAACUAAUGUUGGAGCAUAACGAAAUCCAGUACAUUGAGGAAAUGACAUUCCGCAAUCUCAGUUCUCUAACCUACCUAUCUCUACGGGAAAAUAAACUGACUCGUCUGCACCCCAAGUCGUUCUGGACCCUCACCCAGCUGCAGGAAUUGGAUCUGUCCCGUAAUGAACUCACCACCAUCCCGCCCAGACUCUUCGCUCAGAAUAUCCAGUUAACAUCAUUGUCUCUGGGUUCCAACAAUAUUCUACAACUGCCCGCCGAGGUUUUUCUGCCUUUGAAAAACAUAAAAUCCUUAAAUCUGGAGGAUAUCGACAUCCAGAACAUCGACGUCGACAUGUUCAGCAGUUUAACUAAUUUGGAUUUCGUGUACUUCAUCCGGUUUCAGUACUGCAGUUACGUCCCCACCGUCCCCAAAUGCCGACCUAACACGGACGGAUUGUCUUCUACGGAGAAUUUGCUGAACCGAACGCUGAUUCGCAUCAUCCUUUGGGCUAUCGCUAUUUUUACUUUGAUUGGCAACUCGCUCGUGUUACUAGGGCGUGGCAUACUCAAAGAUGAGAACAAAGUACCACUCAAUUUCAUCCGGAGCUUGGCAGUGGCCGACAUGUUGAUGGGCUUCUACCUAUUCGCCAUCGCCAUUCAGGAUUUGCAGUAUCGCGAGGUCUAUCACCAGUACUCGCAUCAAUGGACCUCGUCGUUGGGUUGCACUUUUGUUGGCGUGGUAGCCAUGACCUCCACCGAGGUUUCUCUGUUGCUGUUGGCUUUCAUGUCAAUGGAGCGUUUCCUAUGUAUAGCUUCACCGUUUGGCUAUACGAAACUGAACCAGAAAACGGCCAAAAUUAGUCUGGUCCUCAUUUGGGGCCUCGGACUCAUCAUGGCCAUCGUUCCAGUAUUGUAUUGGCGGCAGUCGACACACUACUACGGCUCUAAUGGACUUUGUUUCCCGUUGCACAUUGGAGAAUCACUCUCACUCGGCUGGCAGUAUUCCGCCUUCAUUUUCUUGGGCGUUAAUAGUUUAUGCGUGUUGGUGGUGAUCUGCACCUACGUCGGUCUGUUCGUGAGCAUCCGCCGGACGCGCGGUCAAACGCCGUUAGCUAAUCCCAAUGAUAUGGAUUUUGUCCUACGAUUUUUUUUCAUCGUUCUUACCAACAUUAUGUGCUGGGCUCCAGUUUACGUUCUCAGACUCCUCGUCCUUCUUAAGUAUCCAGUUCCAGACGAAGUUUCUAUUUGGGUAGUCGUUUUCGUGGUACCGAUCAAUGCGGCUAUCGAUCCGAUCCUGUACACAUUCACAACGCCAAAAUUCCGCCGUCUUCUUGCCCAGUUAUUCGCUGCAACGGGAGCCGGAAGCUUGGCGCACAAUAGCCGACGUUUCAAUUCGACGUCUACAAAAUUCAAAACCGACCAGAGCUACAUGCAGCCUAUGCUUUCGCCUCAUCAUCGCCGCAUGAGCUGGGAUCAUCACCUCCAGCUAACCCGCCGGAUUUCCAGAGACACUACGGUAGUCGCUGCAACCGACCCGGUGGCUCUGAUGGACGGCCUUCACGAUCCGUCAGUUUUCAUUGAAAUGGUCAAUCUCCAGUCGCCCAUGGCCGGCCGGAGAAAUUCCUUGUAACUAUUAAUUCCACCAUUUGUUUGUAAUUAAUGUACAUGUUUCAAAUCAAUUAAGCUGUUUGUCUGAUCGUCCCCAUCAAUGUUAUCAAAAAGCAAUGUUGAAUUUCGUUUUCGACGCUUCUAAAUAUACAGUACAUAUUAUCAAA